AUCUAGUUGUGUAGAAUAUUCUAUUCCAGUACAGUAACCUACUGUAAGGCGCGCCAUUGUGGUAAAGUAUAAGCAUUAUCAUUGGUGGACAAGGUGUCCAGUUACUGGUGGUUUGUGUCCUCUACUCUGCUUCCAGUGUAUGGUUCCAGUACUGUAAGGCGCGCUGAUUUCGUCAUUGCGGUCAAAUAUGAGCAUUAUCAUUGGUGGACUGAGGUGUAUGGCGCGCUGACUUGCCACAUACCGGAGACCUGCAUGGUAAAUCUAAGAGAGAAGUCUAUCAUGUCUUUGCUGUCAAUAGUAGCUGCUAUCUAGCGUCAGUGUGCCUCAGACAAGCAAGAAACAAGUGCAAGUUGACCUCUGGCAAGCAUGGAGCACUCAUCACCAGAAUUCACAGAGCAAAACAAUGCCAUUGGCUACCUGAAAGCAGGCGACAUAUUUACUCCCCUGACAAACUUCACUUUCAAGUUCGUUUGCAGAGUUUCGUCACCUUUUGAAAGUGAUGACAACACAGAUUACAGUGGCUUCAUUGUGGAGGUGAAGGCCUCUGGAACAGACGACAAGGGGGUUUGUUUUCUUCCCUGGCAUAAAACCCACCAAAAAGGCUUUAACAUUGCUAAAGAGUUGGGCAGUGCUGUUCCCGAGAAAUUGUUAAUGUCUAAGCUUAAAAGCAGUCAGCUCACUGACAUCUUCUGGAACAAGCUUGUGGACUUCGAAAAUGACCCUGACUAUUCUCGAAGAAUCAGAAAAGCAAUUGUUGCACUAGGAAGGCAGCCUGAUAGUGAGAUUAUUGUUCUCAGUCCUUAUGUCCAUGUGAAAGAGGACGGUGAGAUCAUACCACUUCGAGAAUGCACUUACGUAUGGGUCGAGAGUGUAAUCAAGAAAGAAGGAGUAGUUCCAAGCGGGGUAUAG